CAAAACCAUAAACACAGGCAGCAUGGGCCACUGGGCGACAUCAAAUCUAGGGUCAGAUAUCUCAAGUGCUUUCAGGACAAGGCAGUGGCACUGUUUGGGCUACCUGAUCAAAGGGACUUGCAGCGUCAAAGAUUCUAGCAUCAGGACUAAUUUCCUGGGAAUCAUUUUGGGGGCUUUUAUACUUACACUUGGAUUUGAUUUUAAAACAGAUUUUUUUCCAAAACGUAUAACUGCUCAAAAAUAUGUCUUAUAUUUCUAAACUUCCUGCAUCCUGGAAUGACAUGCCACCUCCAAGAAAAAUGGAUAUUGACUUGAGUUCUCCGGGUUUAGCGGUAAACCAACUGGAAAAGCUUCUCUUCACUGGAAAAGCAAUAAUUAGUCAUGCAGACGAGGUGUGGCCCAGGCUGUACAUUGGUGAUCAACAGAGUGCAGAGAACCGGGAAGACUUAUACAAGCAUCGAAUCACUCAUGUUCUAAAUGCUGCUCACAGUAAGCGCAAAGGCCAAUCAGAGAUUUAUAGGAGAUUGCAGAUUGAAUACAUGGGAAUAGACGCACGAGACUCGUGUGAUUUCGACAUGAGUGCCCACUUCCAAUCGGCUGCAGACUUUAUCCACAGAGCUCUAAGCAAAGGAGGUAAAGUGCUGGUGCAUUGCCAUGUUGGGGUGAGCCGUUCAGCCACACUGGUCCUUGCUUACUUGAUGGUGAAACAGAAUUUGACUCUGGUGGAAGCAAUUUGUGCUAUUAAAGAAAACCGUGGGGUCAUCCCAAACCGAGGAUUUCUGCGACAGCUCAUUGAUCUGAAUAAACAACUUUUUAACUGAAUAA